AUGGAUUCGCGUCUACAACCAGCUAUCACUGUGCAUCUCUUCGAUGAGGAUGGCACGCAUCAGACGAUCAUCUCUGGCCCAGAUUGGAAAGUGCGAAAGAGUGCUACAACGCUAGCGAACAUCUAUGCGUCGGGAACCCAUGAUCGUCAUGCCAACCCUCUGGGCUGGGACACACCUGCCUUCGAUGACUCGAGCUGGGACGCGGCGAAGCCUGUCACUGGGCCUCGUGGAGAGCUCAAGUAUCAACAUCAGCCUCCUGUCGUGCUGCACGAGGACUUGGAGCCUGUCGCUAUCAAGACGCUGAAGCCCGGUGUAGUCACAUAUGACCUCGGCCAGAACUCUAGCAUCAUGACAAAGAUCGCUGUGGAAGGGGCGGCGGGCUCAGAAGUCAUCAUUCGUUACGCUGAGACUGUCAAUAACCAGGGCUAUGUGCUCAUGCCUGAUCCGCUGUUCAAAGAGUUUGAGACUCACGUGUAUUCCAAAUUCACUCUUGCCGGCACAGGAGAGGCUGAGGUCUGGGAGCCUGACUUCAGCUUCACUAGUGCUCGCUACAUUCAAGUGGAAGGCGUUGCGGUUGAGCCUGGCCAAGAAUUCCCAGUCAUACGCUCGGCCGUGGGACAGCACGUUUCGACAGGCGCAAAGCGACUCGGUACUAUGACCACUGACAAGGAAGAUGUGAACCAGCUCAUCAAUGCUUGUUAUUGGAGCUUCGUCGGCAAUCUCUUCAGCUACCAUACUGACUGCCCACAAAUCGAGAAGUUCGGCUGGCUUGAGGUCACGCAUCUGCUCGCUCCAAUAACGCAAUACAUUCGAGACAUCGAAUCAAUGCACUCAAAAAUCCUGGAAGAUACCCUCGAUGCGCAGGAAUCAUCUUGGUUCAUCCCUAACAUGGCUCCUGAUACACGCUUCAUGUGUGGACCGAUGCGCAAUUGCAUAACAUGGAAUUGUGCCAUCUGUUUCAUCCCGGACAUUCUGAAGCGCUACUAUGGCUCGACGCAUAUGAUCAAGCAAGUCUACCCUGCUGCUGUGCGGUACAUUGAAUACAUGUCGACAUGGGAGCGCAACGGAGGCUUGAUCAUGCACGGUCUGGGUGACUGGGGCAGAGACAUUGCCUUUGAAGCCAACAUAGAGACCGCCGUCUACAUCAAAUGCCUCCAGUGUCUCGAGAUUAUGGCCACUGAACUCAAGAUCGAAGCUGAUAUCAAGCGUUUCCACGAGUGGGCCGAGGGAAUACACAAAGUCUAUAACGACAACCUUCUUGUUACCGACGACACCGGUCACCCACAAGCCUACUAUACGUCCCUUGACGAAUACCCCAAAGGUGACUGUAUCGUCGUCGCCCAAGCAAUCGCGCUUCAAUUCGAUCUCGUUCCGGAACAAAACAUCUCAGACGUUCAAAACUCGUUCCUUGAGGACGUCUCCGAUGGUCGACUACGCUCAGGCGAAAUUGGCCUCCGCUACCUCUUCAACACCCUUGAUGACCUACAUCGGCCCGAUCUCGUGCUUCAGGUGGCUCGUCAAGAGGAACAUCUUUCGUAUAUGCGAUUUCUACGAAGAGGUGAAACGACUCUUCUCGAAUUCUGGCAAGAUGAAUGUCGAUCAAAGUGUCAUGACAUGCUGGGCACUACAUACGAGUGGAUGUACGCGGUAGUGCUGGGUGUAAAGCCGACUGAAGAGGCGUAUAAGACCUGGUCGAUAAGGCCGCCCUAUGAGUCUGAGUUUGGGGAAGUGAAGGGCGACGUGGAGUGUCCAUAUGGGCUGAUUGAGGUGCAUUAUGAACGGAAACCCGAUGGGAAGAUUAACCUGAAUCUUACAGUGCCUCUGACUACACACGCGAAUCUAUUGCUGCCCUCUGCUUGUGGAGCUGUCAGUGUUGACCGACACGAGAAGUCCUCAUGGACCACAGAGGCUGGUUUGAAGUCGAUUGAGCUGCGACCCGGGCAGUACACCAUUGUCUUCUGA